AUGUACAGAUUUGAAACAAACCAAGAAAGAAAAAACGUCCCUGGCACUUUAUUCUUUGAACUGAACACAGGAGCUAAGAUCCCAUCUGUCGGAUUAGGCACUUACGGUGCCAAACAUGGUGUUCUCCAAAACACUGUCACUAAUGCCAUCAAGGUUGGAUAUCGACAUAUUGAUUGCGCUUCAAUGUACAGCAAUGAAAAGGAGAUUGGUUCUGCUCUAAAAAAAUUGCUUAAUGAAGGUUUAGUGAGGCGUGAGGAUUUAUGGAUCACCUCCAAACUCUGGUGUACUGAUCACUUGCCUGAAGAUGUACCAAAGGCAUUGAAUAAAACUCUGCAAGAUUUGCAACUUGACUAUGUGGAUCUCUAUCUGAUACAUUGGCCAGUGAGUGCAAAAAAGGGUUCAGUUGUUGUUAAGGGCGAAAACCUUACCAAACCUGACAUACCUCGUACCUGGAGAGCAAUGGAGGCACUCUAUGAUUCUGGUAGGGCUCGGGCUAUUGGAGUGAGUAACUUCUCUUCUAAGAAGCUUGGAGAUCUAUUGGAAGUGGCACGUAUAAUUCCUGCUGUCAAUCAAGUGGAACUUCACCCUGUAUGGCAGCAGCCAAAGCUGCAUGGAUAUUGUCAAUCCAAGGGGAUUCACUUGACGGGAUAUUCACCUUUGGGUUCUCAAGCUGGAGAAAAUGUCAGGAAGAAGGUCCUAGACAAUCCGGUUGUUAAAAUGGUGGCAAAUGAAGUAGGGAAAUCCCCCGCGCAAGUGGCUCUUCGUUGGGGACUGCAAAUGGGUCAUAGCGUACUCCCUAAGAGCAUAAGUGAAGCAAGGCUGAAGGAAAACCUCGAUGUUUUUAAUUGGUCUAUACCUGAAGAGUUUCUUCCCAAGUUUUCUCUAAUUGAACAGGAGAAGCUAGCAAGAGGGGAAGGAUAUGUGCACAAUACCUAUGGCGUAUACAGGACUAUUGAAGAACUCUGGGAUGGUGAAAUCUGA